ACAGACAUAGUUUAUACCUAAUAACGGAUAUUUCUGAAAACAAGAGUAUGUUUUUCUCUAGUAUUCUAGUUUUAUUUCUGGUCGUGUGCUUUUCUAGAGCAGACAAUAUCUGCCAAGGAAAUACGGGAAUCCAAUGGAUAGCUGAUCCUGAUGACUGUUCCGUCUUCUACCUCUGUUUUAACUCAGCUUCGUACAAGUACAUGUGUCCCAUCAACUCCGUCCGAGAUUUCAUCACUAAAGCUUGUGUUCCGAAAGGAUCCACCUACGACACUUGUACAAAGAAAGAAGCAGCUGUUUGUUUACCCGAUGAUGGUUUUAAACCACAUCCGACCGGAAAUUGUGCGAAGUACGUCGAUUGUGAGAUGAUGAUGACCAGGGCUUCUGACGUCAGAUCCGCUACUAAGGAGUGUGACUACCCGCUGUUGUUUGACGAAGCCUCUGGACGUUGUCAGAUACCAGAAACCGCUGACUGUGGAACUCGCUCCGUCCCCAAGAAUCCAUGUGACUACGAAGUUAACCAGUGUAAGCAGGGUCACUGUAUCCCAUGUUACAUCCGGUUCCCCAGCUGUAACGAACUUCCGGAUGGUAUGAAUGCCUGGAACGGGCGGGAAAAUACGCCAUUCUUUGUCGUCUGUAAGAACGAGCGUGUGGUAUACCACGGACAAUGUCCAAAAAAGGACAGGAUUCAGCUGUUUGACCCCAAGGAGCGCGUGUGUGUACCACAGUGACAUUAAUACUAAACAAACAUCGAUAAAUGUCAUACGUUUUGGAGGACAGAAACGUAUCCUCCAUCUCUUUGUUUGUCAUCUGUGUGUGAUUUUUAAAGAAAAAACAAAAUUAUCAUUUUGAUGUUGUUCAUGUUAUUUAAAAUAUAUAUAUAAAAUAGUUUCUUUAGUUUUCGUAUUUUGAUUUAGUCGACCUGCCCUCAAGUCUCGAUACAAUCUCAUCGAGUCCUUAGGUCUCGAGGAUGACCUCUCUGAUAUUGACCUGUCCUUAAGUCUGGAGAUGACCUCUCCGUUUUUGAUCUGUCGUAAGAAUAGCUCAAUAAGAAUGCGCCUUUCUGUCGUGAGAAUAGCUCUUUAGAGCUAAUGUUUCAUGUUAUAUGUAAACGACAAAAAAAUCAAGUUUCUUGUAUCUUGACCUCUCCGCUAUUGACUUGUCCUCAAAUCUACGAAGUGAUCUCUCUGAUAUUGACCUGUCCUUAAGUCACGAGGUGAUCUCUCUGAUAUUGACCUGUCCUUAAGUCACGAGAUGACCUUUCCGUUAUUGACCUGUCCUUAAGUCACGAGAUGACCUUUCCGUUAUUGAUCUAUCAUAAGUCUGUAAAUGACCUCUCUGAUAUUGACCUGUCUUCAUGUUUCGAGAUAAUUUCACGGUAAUUUAUCAUAAUUAACUUAUGCAGGAGAAGUAUUUCUGUAUUACAACUGUAGGAGGCUUUUAUCUUCCAAGAUCUUGUUCAAAAGAAAAAAGAUGCAGUAACGAUUGAAAUUAGUUUUUUCAAUAUUGUUAAAUAUUUUCAAAGUGAUAAACAACAUUAUUGAUCUGUCUAUGAAAUGUUAAUAAGGAAACAAGUUGUAUGUGUGUUGUGGAGACUGGGAAACAAAAAAAUCAAAAAGAAAAUAAAAUCAUUGGGA